AUGUCGCCGUCGCCGAGCUUCGCUCCCUCCCUAUUCCGUGCAGCUUGUGAUGCGCCUCGAAGAUCGUCCCAUGCCGCUGCUCCUGCUGGGGCGCCAGCCUCACUGAUUCGCCUCACGGUCGUUGCUGCGGCCCUCCUCCUCCUCCAAUUCACUGCUGCUGGUGAGUCUGUUCUUGAGCUGAAAAAUGCGGAUGCACGUUUCCCCUUCGCUAACAAACUUUUCUGCACCCGUUUCCCCUUCCCUUCCAUGUCAUCCCCUGCCACCCCUUGUCAUCCAUCCCUUGCUACACCUUGUUACCCCUUGUCAUCCCAUUCUCACCUUCUUUCUUUGCAGAGGCACAGCCAACGCCCGCCUCUCCUCCUUGGCGGCCUUCAAGCCAACCUCACCCCCAUCCUCCUCCCCGCCUCCACUUCCCCAACUCCCACCACACCCACCUCCACCGCUCUCAAUCCCACAACAACUACUCUCACUCCUGGCUCCAUUGCCGCUGGUGCUACCCCUGGUAGUCUCAGUGGUGCAUCGACGCUGCCAAGUGGCGGCGCAUCAGUGGUCACGCUGCUUGUAAAUGCGGCUAAUGCGACGCUCGCAUUCGCCCUCCCCUGGGCGCAGGGGGCAGGGGAGAAUGUGCAGGCGGGGAUAUACACUGUCGGCGAUAUGCUCAAUGCGUCGUCCCCUCGUCUCGUCCUUCCACUCAUGGGCAUCACUGCCAACUCUACCCCUCCUGCUGCUGCCUCUGCCACACGUGCCACGUCAGCAUCCUCCUCGUCCUCUCCCCUUGAUCCCUUAACUGCAGCAGCAGCAGGUGUGGCUGGUGUAUUGGGGGGGCUAGGAACAUCUGCUGCAGGUGUAAUGGCAGGCCUGGGUGUAACAACAGAACCAGGUGUUACUUCAGGUGCCACAGCAGGACCCCAAGUCACUGCAGGGGCAACAGGAGCAGCCAGGGCAACAGGGAUAGGGGAAGGCUUGGGAGCAACUGCAGCAAGUACAGCACCAGGGACACAAGCACCACGCAGGGGUUUGUCUGGAUCCGUGUCAAAUCCUGUAGCUGCAGCAGCAGGGGCAGCACAGGGGGCAGUGGGUGGAGCGGUGGGGGCAGUACAGGGCGUGGUGCGGAGGGGUUCGGGGUGGUUAUGGGGAGCUGUGCCGGUGCCAGGAGCAGCGCUGGUGAAUAUCCUGAGGGAUCCGGGCCAGUAUCAGCUGCGUCUUUCUGUUGGGACUGGUGCAGAUGUGGCGUCCUUUGCUGGUCGUCUCGUGUCCGUACCUAUCGAUCUGGCUCGAAGCAUCCCCUUCCUUGGAUCGCUGAUUCCUAAACCUCCUCGGUUUCCUUCCCAGCCCAGUCUUGGCAUCCCUGACCCCCAGUCCCUCAUCUCACUUGCGACUGCCAUUCGUGAAAGCAUCGCAUCACUCCCACAAGCUGCUUGUAAGUUAGGUGUGCCUUAA